AUGACUCCUUAUCAGAGCUUCGAUGUGCAGAGCUCCGGUCUGCAAAACUCGCUACUGGCCUUUGGCGGUGCUUUUGUCAUUCUGUCCACCUGCUACAUUCUAGGCUCUGCCACCUACAAUCUCUACUUCAAUCCCUUGUGUGCCUACCCAGGACCGAAGUUGUGUGCUGUAACUCGAAUCCCAUGGCUUCUGGCCCUUAUCCAUGGUCGCCAAACCCAUAACAUGCGGAAUCUCCACGAAAUCUAUGGUGAAGUUGUUCGCAUUGCCCCCGAUGAGCUUUCGUACAUCAACCCCAAAGCAUGGAAAGACAUUUAUGCCCAUCGCCAAGGAAAGGAAGAGAUGGCCAAGCAACGCAAAUCCUAUUUGGAGCAUCCUGGAGGGGACCAUAUUAUCUUAGCAAACCGCGAGAACCACUCUCGCUUCCGGAGAACCCUCUCUCAUGCAUUCUCAGACUCAUCCAUGCGCGAGCAAGAGCCCCUGAUAAAGAGAUAUGUCGACCUUCUAAUCCGACGCCUCGGAGAGAUCUCGAACGAUGGACAGACGCCAUUGAACAUUGUUGCGUGGUACAACUUCACCACCUUCGAUCUAAUCGGCGACCUCACAUUCGGUGAAUCAUUUGAUUGUCUUGAAAAGUCCGACUACCACCCCUGGGUCAGCUUAAUCUUCAACAACAUCAAAGCCGGAAGUUACACCCAAGCCCUCAAAUACAUCCCCGGCGGACGAAACCUAGCCUCAUUACUCGUCUCAAAGGAGUUAUUGUCAAAAAAGGCAGCUCACCAUGCACUAACGAUAGAGAAAGUAAAGAAGCGCGUAUCCCGAACAGAAGAACGCCGUGACUUCAUGGACAACAUCCUCAAGCGCGAGAAAAAUGGCAUGACCUUCCCCGAGCUCGUAGGAAACUCAUCCAUCCUGAUCAUAGCCGGGAGCGAGACAACGGCCACUGUUCUCUCAGGCGUGACAUUCCAUCUCCUGAAGAACCCAACUGUCAUGGCCAAAGUAGUGCAUGAGAUCCGCUCGACCUUCACCAACGAAGACGAGAUCACAAUCGCUGCUGUGGGAAAUCUGAAAUAUAUGUUAGCAUGCCUUGAGGAAGCAAUGCGUAUCUAUCCAGCAGCACCAGUUGGCCUGCAGCGAAUCGUCCCAGGCAAGGGGGAUUUCAUCAAUGGGAAAUGGGUUCCUGGUGGAACUGUCGUAUCAGUCCAUAUGGUAGCAACCUACCGCUCCCCCCUCAACUUCCGCGACCCCGACUCCUUCAUCCCAGAACGUUUCCUCGGCGACGAACGCUUCGUGAACGACAACCGCAGCGCACUCAAUCCAUUCAGCCUAGGACCCGGAACUGCAUCGGCAAGAACAUACGCCGAAAUGCGUUUAAUCCUCGCAAGAGUACUCUACAGUUUCGAUCUGCAGCUUGCGAAUGAGAACGAUAAUUGGUUGGAUCAGAAGACUUAUACGCUUUGGGAGAAGGGACCAAUGAAUGUGUUGUUGAAGAAGUGUUCGUUUGCUUAG